CUCGGUACUGCGCUGCUACUUCGGCGGCAAACGAAUUUUGUCCGGUUGAGUUCUGCUCGGAGUCUCUCGGUCGUCAUGUUGGACGUCAAUCUUUUCCGAUCGGAGAAAGGAUUCGAUCCUGAGAUCAUACGCGAGUCCCAGCGCCGCCGGUUUGCGAGCGUGGAAGUCGUGGACGAGGUCAUCAACCUCGACAAGGAAUGGCGCCAACGUCAAUUUGAGCUUGAUGCCCUAAGAAGAGACGCCAAUCGGCUUACGAAGGAGAUCAAAAAUCUCAAAAUAGCAGGAAAAGAUGCAACGGAGGUGAUUAGCAGCACCGAGGAGACAAAGAAGUUGAUAGCGGCGAAGGAAUUGGAAGUCCAGGAGGCAAAGUCUACAUUGGACUUGAAACUUGAGAGUAUCGGCAACCUCAUCCAUGACUCUGUUCCAGUUAGCAAUGAUGAGGCAAAUAAUGCUGUGAUUCGAACUUGGGGAGAUAGGCGGGUGGAAACCAAUUUGAGAAAUCAUGUAGAACUUGUUAAGCGCCUUGACAUUGCGGACUUGGAGAAGGGUGCUGAUGUUGCUGGUGGAAGAGGUUUCUAUCUAAAAGGGGAUGGUGUCCUGUUGAACUUGGCGUUGAUUAACUAUGGCCUGGCAUUUCUAACAAAAAGAAUGUACCAACCAAUGCAGACUCCAUUUUUUAUGAGAAAAGAUGUAAUGGCAAAAUGUGCUCAGUUGGCUCAAUUUGAUGAAGAGUUGUACAAGGUGACAGGUGAAGGGGAUGAUAAAUAUCUAAUUGCUACUGCUGAACAGCCACUGUGUGCUUAUCAUCUAAAUGAUAGACUUUAUCCACAAGAUCUUCCUAUUCGAUAUGCUGGAUACUCAACAUGCUUCAGAAAGGAAGCUGGUUCACAUGGUCGAGACACAUUGGGAAUUUUCAGGGUGCACCAGUUUGAAAAAAUAGAACAGUUUUGCAUCACCUCUCCAAAUGAUAAUGACUCUUGGGAAAUGCAUGAAGAAAUGUUAAAGAAUUCAGAGGAUUUCUACAAGGAGCUGAAAAUCCCCUAUCAAGUUGUGGCCAUAGUUUCUGGUGCAUUGAAUGAUGCGGCAGCCAAGAAGUAUGAUCUGGAAGGAUGGUUUCCUGCAUCAAGCACUUACAGAGAGUUAGUUUCUUGUUCAAAUUGCACUGAUUAUCAAUCAAGAAGAUUAGGAAUCGGUUAUGGGCAAAAGAAGAACGACGAACAAGCAAAGCAGUAUGUUCAUAUGCUGAAUUCUACUUUAACAGCAACAGAAAGGACAGUAUGUUGUAUUCUUGAAAACUAUCAGACUGAAGAUGGAGUUAUAGUUCCUGAAGUUUUACGACCGUUUAUGGGCGGCAAAGAAUUCCUCCAUUUCAAGCCAGAACCUGAAGCCAAAUCAAAGAAGUCUAAAGCUAAGGAAGGCUCUGGAGCUCAAGCAAGCAGAUGAGAGUCUACAAUGCUGACAAAGUAACAUCAUGAAUUAUGUUUCUUUGCAGAAAGUGUUGCAACCUUCAACUUCAGAAAUACAUUGUUUAAUAUUUAUUGCAUGAAAUUAUAACAUAGUGGCGUGGUUAUCUUUAAUGCAAAUGGCUUCAUCAGCAAAUAUGUAUUUUUGACAUUAAUAUAUUGUUGAUUGGACGAUUAGAACAUGAUUGUUAAUCCCCUUUUUUUCAAUUAAGCCUGAAAUUUAUUUUUGCUUAGUCAAGUUCAGGCUUAAAUUGUAUAUUAAAUACUUGUUUGCUUGAACACAAAAAUCGAAUUGCAGUCUUUAUGAA